AUGAUGGCGACAGAGGUUCAGAGCGGCGACCUCGAUAGUGCUCCCUCCAGCCGGCUCGAAGUGUCCAUCGAUGGCCUCACCCUCAGUCCCGAUCCGGAGGGCGAGCAAAGCCAGGUCGAAGAGCCGGACCUCGAUUCCACGCCAGCCGAGACCCAGGCACCGGGUGCCGCUGGGGGCGAUGAUGGAGAGACUGCCAGGUCUGCGAUUGAGAGGAAAUGGGGCUUUUCUUUACAAGAGCUCUACGGAAUGGCCCUUAAGUUCUUUAAAGACAAAGACGGCAAGGCCUUCCAUCCCACCUAUGAGGAGAAGCUUCGACUAGUGGCUCUGCACAAACAAGUGUUAUUGGGCCCCUAUAAUCCCGAUGCCUCACCGGAGGUCGGCUUCUUCGAUGUCCUUGGAAAUGAUCGCAGGAAAGAGUGGGCGUCCCUCGGUAACAUGGAGAGGGAGGAUGCCAUGGUGGAUUUUGUCAAGCUGCUUAACAAGUGCUGUAACCUCUUUGCUCCCUACAUCACAUCACACAAGAUCGAAAGGGAGGAGCAGGAGAGAAAAAGGAAAGAGGAGGAGGAGCGUCAGCGGCAAGAGGAGGAGGAGAGGGAGCGACUUAGACUGGAGGAGGAGAGACGCAGACUCGAGGAGGAGGAGAGGCUGAGAAGAGAGGAAGAGGAAAGGAGGCAGGCAGAGGAGGAGAGGCUCCGGAUUGAGCAGCAGAAACAACAGAUCAUGGCGGCACUGAAUGCCCAGACAGCGGUGCAGUUUCAACAGUAUGCAGCGCAGCAAUACCCCAACAGCCCAGAGCAACAGCUGGGCCUCAUCCGUCAGCUGCAAGAGCAGCACUACCAGCAGUACAUGCAGCAGCUCUACCAGGUCCAGCUGGCCCAGCAGCAGGCGACCUUACAGAGGCAACAGCAGCAGGCUGAUUCCAUGAUGCGCGGCACCAUGGAAUCGAGCGGCUUCAACAGCGCUGACGCCAUCUCCGCCUCGGCAGCGGGACCGUUAUGUUCGGCUUCGCCGCCUGUGGGCGAGGAAGUUCCCACACUCAAUGGAGGCCAGUCGGACACGUACUCCGAGAGCCUGGACCGGGAGCCAGAACCUGAGCCGGCAGAGGAGGUCUCAGAGAAUGGGCCUUUAUUAGCUGAUUCUCCACCCAUCAUAGCUGCUCCUUCCAUGUGGACGCGGCCACAGAUUAAAGAUUUCAAGGAGAAAAUCCGCCAGGAUUCGGACAGUGUGAUCACGGUGGGGCGCGGUGAGGUGGUCACCGUGCGGGUUCCCACCCACGAGGAGGGUUCCUACCUGUUCUGGGAGUUUGCUACGGACUAUUAUGACAUUGGCUUUGGGGUCUUCUUCGAGUGGACGGAUGCGGCCUCGGCAUCGGUCAGUGUGCACGUGUCAGAGUCCAGUGACGAUGAUGAGGAUGAAGAAGGUGAAGCUCCCAAUGAGGAGGAGAAAGCGAAGAAGGAGGCAGGGAAGCCCCAGGUGGAUGAGAUAGUGCCGGUUUACCGGCGGGACUGUCAUGAGGAGGUGUACGCUGGCAGCCACCAGUACCCUGGACGCGGCGUUUACCUGCUCAAGUUCGACAACUCCUAUUCACUCUGGCGCUCCAAGAGUGUUUACUACAGAGUCUACUACACCAGAUAAGCCUGAAUACAGACACAGGGGGAGCCGAGGAGUGUGUAUGUUCAUAUAUUUGUCUGUUUGUGUGUGUAGGUGGCGACUUGUGUGUGUGUGUGUGUGUGUGUGUGUGACAGAAAUCUGUAUGUUUGUGUGUGUGUGUGAAGGAAAACGGGAGAGCAGAUGUAUUGUGGAAAACAAACACCAGAGGGCAACUAAGACACAUGUGGAGCCUCGGUGUGGAGCUUGGACUUGUGUGUGUGUGUGUGUGUGUGUGUGUGUGUGUGUGUGCGCGCGCUAGCACGUCCCAGAAUAAACCCACGCCACAUCCUGUCAUCAAGCUCUUGAAAGAGGAGUGUGUAUCCUUUUGAAUAUUCACCACCUGUCCUUGCUGCGCUCACGUAUACCAAGCUGAUGGACUUUGCUCUCCUACCGCAUUGUACCACUCUUUACCUGGGCUCCUCUUCUACUACAGACACUGUCCCGCGUGGCCUCAUCAGGCCCGGGCGACGCGUUCAAGGCCGCGAACGGGAUCCCGUCGAGUCCGGCACUGCUCUGCGAGCCAAAGUGUCCUGUUUGGUGGUGGUAGUGGUUGUGUAUCCCACAAGAACACGAAAAUGUUGAAAACCAAAUGAUGUUGCAAAUGUACUUCAUAACACUAUGCCUUUCGUUCUACCGAGAGCUUCUGGUCUUUGCCAAGACUCAUACUCAGACACAGACACACACACACACACACACACACACACACACACACACACACACACACACACACACACACACACACAUCUAAUCACUAUGGUACAUUUUUGUGGCAAGUUAUUCCCCUGCUACCACACAAACAUGAUGGCCUGAGAGGAUUGUUCAGUGGAGGCAGUGCUAUAUUGUUCACACAUUCUGAUUGAGGCCAUGAGUAUAUUUUUACUAAUAUUAAGGGAAACAGGAAGUCAUUGAAGAGUUUAAAGUAAACUCCCAAUGAAGUGACCGGUCAUAAGUGAGAACGUACAUACAAAAGAGCAUGAAACUGAAGGAUACUGAUCCAGGCUGAAUGGUUUAAGGCCUUGUCAACUCAAGCAUCCUACUGUGUGACAUGGAUCAAUAUGUAUGAAAACACAUGACAAGAACUAUCUUUUCCUCUACAAAUAGUUUUUUUUAAAUUUUAUUUUCUUGACUACUUUCAGUUUCUUCCACCACCAACCAGUUGCCUCAGUUGCUGACAGCAAGUCUGCCCUUCAGAGUUUUCUAGACAAAUGAAGAAAAGGACAACUAUGUCCAAAAACGUCAAAAAAAAUCUAACAUUAGACAUCACUGCACAUUGUUACAUCUGAUUGGGGCUUAAGGUCUGAUACAAAUUGUGUUGCUGUUCUUUGUUUUUUCUAUUUGGUGGUGACUUACUCUGUCAUUUCAGUUCUGGUAUUGUCAAACCCAUAUCUGAAUCUAGCUAGAGUUGUGUCUCGGGUCACAUGGUCGCUUUACUAACUUAGUUCUGACAUUUACAUGUUUUUAAUUUAAGAUUCACUCUGCUUAUUUGUUUUGCGUUUCUUAUGCAUGUUUCGUGUACCUUCCACCUGGUUGCAUUAUAAACUGCAUUUUGUCAGAAUGGUGGUUGUUGAAUGUGGAGUAUGUUCAAUGGGCAUAAGAGAUAUCUGGUUUCGGUUGAUCACACUUGCUGAGCUGUAAAUGUGUAUUUUCGUGUGCAUUCAACCAAAAAGGUGAGACCCUGGUGCACUAACAAACAGUGAGUGCUCCUCCAGUGUCCUGCUGACUGUCAAUUUGUCAUAUUAAUUCGAGGCUUCCUCAGCCUCCUAUCAGUGCAGUGAUGUGUGUAACAAAAUAUCACUACCAGUGGCCCAUAAAGUUGAAGUUCCCUCACCUUC